AUGUCCAAAAUUAAUUGUUAUGAAGUUGGACUGAACUAAUUGAUUAUGCAAAUUAGGAACCAAAUACAUCAAUCAACAAGAAAAAACAGAUUCCAAAUUUAAGAAAUGAGACAGAAUGAUUUUGAAUUGAGAUCAAAUCUACUUACAUUUAGAUUGAAUAUGAGAGAUAGCUCUGAAAACCCAUAAGCUUUAACAGCAUAUUCAAAAUCAAUUGAAAUAAAAAAGAGAUAUUCUCUUUUACCUCUUAAAAGCAUUCUUAUAAAAUCUCAACAUCAGUCCCAAAGAGAAAAGUAUAAAAAAAAGCCCAGCACUUUAAAUACAGAAAAAUUAAUAAAAUUAAAAUGCGAGAUAAGAGCUUGGUCUAUUUCGACUACCAACCAAACAGACUAAUAAUGA